AGUGCGGUCCGUCGUAGCAUUAUAUGCGAGGAAGAAGGAGCGGAGAGAGAAGAAAGAAGCAAAAUGAAAAGAGCCUACCUAUAGCCUGCUGAUGCUAUACAGGAAGGCAUAAUAUGGGGUGUCCCGAUGCUGACUCUGAGGCUCUGGAGGGGUCUGUCCCCGGAACGAGUUGGGAAUUGGUAUAAUGAUUGGAUUCUCAAGUGAAUCUCUGGUCAUUCACACCCAUGGUAGGCUUCCCAACUCGACGGUUCUAUUGACAUCAUGGAGUCCUUCCAACUGGGAUUUUACACCAUCACCAUUCUGGCCGCCUGCAAAGUCAUCUUAAUUGCCCUUGAAAUAUUCUUCAAUAUACGAAAGCCUAAAGCCAUUUUUCUCGUUGUUUCUGGCUGUGUUUCUGCAUUUUUAGCCCUCGUACUUGGCUGUGUGUCGUUCGUAGGACUACGAGCAAGGGUAGCGGAAGAGCCUAGGCAAUGUGAAAAUGCAGAUGCUGAUAUUGUAGGCGAUGGCGUCCGGGCGGCGGCAUGGACACAAGUGGGAAUCCUAUUUUUUAUAACUUUUACAGGAAUAUUUCACUUUUACAAAACGGCAGUGAAAGAGAUUGGUGGAGGGUUAAUUGUUACACAUGUGUCUUUGGCCAUUGCCCUUCUGGUCCCUUUAGCUCGCCACGAGUUAUCUCCCAUCGACGCAAUUCUAGGGUCCUUAAUUCUAGAUGCCCAAGGAAACUCACUUUCUAUCCAAUUGGUAACGAAGGAGACACUAGCCGCUCGAUGGCAAGUGGCAAUCGCUCUGAUUUCUCAACUUCUAGGGCUACUUAUAGAAGGCACCCUCGUUGGCUUCUUCACCACAAAUCGACUCCCGACCAAAAGCUGUAAUUGCUUUUCUGUAUUCUGGUGGACAUGGUUCAGCAACUGCUCAUCUGUCUCUCCCAAUCACGUCGAGCCUUAUUGGAUUUACUUUGGAUAUCGGUUUAUCAACAUCCUUCAUGGAUCUUACUUCGCCAUAACCCGUACCACUAUCUACGAUGAUGCCGAUAAAUGGGAUAGAGAAAACCCCUGUGACCCUUGUGAUAACUGCCGCACGGGGGAGCCGAGCACCCUUUGCAAGUGUCAUCCUUGCGAGAGAUGUCUGUAUUGCAAAGUGUGCAAGAGGAAGGCUCGUUGCCAUCCGCAUCAGCCGGUCGCUCCAACCCAGAAUGCUUCCCAUAACGCCAUAGUCCUACUGCAUAUGGACACUUGUACAGGUUGUUAUAGAUGUAAAAAGUGUGGACAUAGCAAUCUCGAUGCGGACACCUCAGUGCUACUAUCUGGCGAGCGAUUUUCCGAAGCUACAAUGACUGUCAGCUCGAAUUUCUUGGAAAAUAGUGUCUUAGCACUAAUAAGUAUGGUUUCGGCGGAGGUUACGAUGAGCAUGAACAUGGUACAGAAGACAUCUCCAUUAUAUGCCGUCGGACAAGUCACAUCAUUGGUUAUUGCUGUUGGAACGACUGUCCGAGCACUCUGGGUAUUUCUGUACAUGUUUGAUUCGAAAUCUCACUCAGCAUACGUCAAAUAGAAUACAGGUACCUACCGUUUUGUAUAUAUUUGUCUCGAGCGAAUAAAGGGGGUAGCGAGACGAUAAGAUAGCCUGCGCCAUUACGAAGAUCGCCUGGAAAUCAUCUACGUGACGACAGAAUUCUCUAACAAGCACAUAAGGAGGCCACCAAAACGAUCGAAUAAAAAAUCUCUGGAUCAGAAAAAAGAUACCCGAAGUGUUUACUACACAGGUCAUUAUUACAUCUAGCACCGGUGG